AUACGAUAAAAUGGGGAACUGAUUGGUUAAUAAAUGCUAGUUCGAAUACGAAUAAUACAGCAAAUCAAUAUUUAUAUGUAAUGAUUGGUAACAUUGAUUCAGAUCUUAAUUAUUGGGGGCCCGAUACUAAUAUUCCUACUCCACGUCCAUCGUUAAAGGUUAACUCCUCUGCUCACGGUACUGAUGUUUCAGGAGAGACUGCUGCGGCAAUGGCUGCAUCAUCUUUAUUAUUUCGUAAUCAGUUUAAUGAUUCUGACUACGCCAAUACUCUUUUAACAUAUGCGAAAAAUUUAUACUUAUUCGCUGAAACGACACCUUUCACAUUAUAUCAGAAUUCAGCGCCACAAGUUAAAGACGCAUAUAGUUCUUCUAAUUAUACUGAUGAAUUGGUUUGGGGUGCCCUUUGGUUAUAUCGUGCGACAAAUGACACGAGUUAUCUUAACAAGGCCACUGGUUAUUUAAAUGCUAAUUCAUUUAAACUGAAGAAAGUAUUUAACUGGGAUGAUAAAUCUGGUGCGUGUUUAGUAUUGCUUGCCCAAUUACUUCAACAAUCUGGACAGGAUUCAGGCAGAUGGAAGUCUGAGGCGGAAAGAUACUUGGAUAAUGUUAUAAAACCAUCUGAUGGUUGCACAUUUACUGGUGGUGGUCUUUUUUGGUGCGAUGGAGAUAGUAAUGAUGCAUCAUUAAGCGCAUCUCUUGGUAAUGCUUUCCUGUGUCUAGUUUAUGCACCAAUCGCUACUUCAUCUGCUAAGACUCAAGCAUAUAUGAAUUUCGCACUGUCACAAAUUGAUUACGCACUUGGUAAAAAUCCUAUUAACACACCAUAUGUCAUUGGUGUUCAUCCAAACUCGCCACAGGAUCCUCAUCAUGGUGGUGCGAGUGGAGGAACUGAUAUAUCUAAUUUGGGUAAUCCGCCUCAAACACUACAUGUUUUAUAUGGUGCAAUUGUAGGUGGUCCAGAUAAGGAUGACCAAUUUAGCGAUUCAAGAGCUGAUUAUGCCGAAACUGAGGUUGCACUGGAUUAUAAUGCAGCAUUUCAAAAUUUAAUGGCGUACCAAAUGAUCAAUUCUCAUAGUGAUCCAUAUUAUGUCAAUGUUCCUCCCGGCAGACCAACAAAAAAGAUCAAUAUUGUCGCUAUUAUUAUCAUUGUUAUCUUAUGUUUGUUAUUGCUUAUUGUCGCUGCACUUUUAUUCUGGAAGCGUAAAAAGAUUGUAGCGUGGUGGAAAAGGCGAAGGCAAACGAAAUCUAAUGGGCAAUACUCCUCAUA